UUUACACAAAGACCAGACAAACUGUCACAUUAGUUUACACCAUGUUAGAUUUACAUGCUCCACAGGACUGCAAAGGGGAGAGUUACAAAGACAAAAUAGGUUUAUUUCUAAAAUGCCGAUUCCAUUGCAAUUUUAAAUAUUUGCAAUGGAUAUAUAAUAUAUUUAAAUAUUUGCAAUAUAUAUACAUACAAACAAACCCGUUGUGACGCCAUGCUCAUGUGCUACAGUUGAGAUGAUUGAUUGUUCGAUCAGUCUCCAGUGAAUGACAGCAGUCCGGCGCGCGCUCGUGUCAUGUGAUGAUUCAAACACUCCGGAAAACAGCAGCUGAUCACUGACUGAACUCAUGCAGCUCGAUGGAGAGGUUUUCUUGGUUUCUCUAACAACGAGUUCAGUUUAAGAUAUUUAUAAGCGCUCUGUGGAGAAAGAAAAGAGUGUAAGUGACGUUUUCAGGGUCGUUUUACUAAUAGAAAACGAAUGUGUAGCAAACCGGUAGUCGUUUUGUGUUCGUGACAGCACUGUCGGUUUCUCACUUAUCUUGGAAGAUAAUGAUAAAUAUGUUGUUUUCUUCUUAUUUUUUAGAGGAUGUACAUUUUACAAUAUCAUGUUGAUUUUGUAACAUUUUCUUGCACAUUAAUAAGGGUAACGUUAUUUUGUCAGGUUUACCGUUUGGCCACGGAUUUCCUUCGCGGAAACUUUCGUAUUAGGAAUUAGUUCACCAGCAUUGGGCGGAGUUUCAGCACGCACGUGGAAAAAUGGACUUGGCCCACCAUGGUCUUGUUCUUCUGAAAAGUCUCAAUGCUCAGAGGGAGUUUGGUUUCCUCUGUGACUGUACUGUGACCAUUGGGGACGUUCUUUUCAAAGCCCAUAAAGCUGUUCUUGCAGCUUUCUCAAACUACUUCCGUAUGCUGUUUAUUCACCAAGACAGUGACUGUGUUCGACUGAAGCCUUCAGAUAUACAACCAGACAUUUUCAGCUACUUGCUUAACCUAAUGUAUACUGGCAAAUUUACCACACAGCUCAUUGACCCUCUUUGCCUUGAGCAGGGUGUAAAAUUCCUGCAUGCCUACCCCUUAUUACAAGAGGCAAGCCUUGUAAACCCUGAGUCCCAGAACGUACCUUUGACAAACUCCCUUUAUGGCAUACAGAUAUCUGAUCAGACAUUCAGCCCACCCAACAAUAAAACAACUUGCAAUGAAGAUGCUAACAACUGUGAAAUCAGGAGCCAAAAAUUUUCAGAGAUGUCUGAUGUGGGGUAUACAUCUCCACAACCUGUUGGCAUAGCGUCACCUACCCAAAACGUUGCUGCCACCAUGAUCCAACAUCUCACCUAUGGCAUAAUGAGGAGAAACACUUCCACUAGAAAGCAUUACAACUGCAAUUAUUGUGGAAGCCGUUUUAACCAUAGGUGCAAAUUAAAGGAGCAUCUACUUGUCCACAUCAACCAAGCAACAGAGCCUAUGGUGUCGUCUAUACGAAAUGGUUACACUUUUGAGGUUGAAGGUCAGGAAAUGGAAGAGGACCAUUUGCAUGCUGACAGUGAUGUUAUAAGUGAUACCGAUCAACAAACAUGGAUGGAAGACACCCCACCAUCCUCUGACAUUGCUGAUAUAGACAACCUGGAGGGCACCGACAUGGAUCGUGAAAUGAAGCGGCGAAAAUUUGAAUGUCUGACCUGUGGCCGCAAGUUCCUACAGAGGAGCCACUGGCGUGAACACAUGUAUAUUCACACAGGAAAGCCGUACAAGUGUAGUACUUGUGGGAAAAGCUUCUGCAGAGCUAACCAAGCUGCUCGACAUGCUUGUUUGAGUCAGGACGAGGACUCCUACAUUAUGGUGAACAAGCAAAGUUUGGUUCUUUGUGGUGGAGAAGACAACAGUCAGGUGGAUGCUCUCUUCCUGUCUUCAGAAAGACCCUACAAAUGCAGCAUGUGUGCAGUACCUUUCGGCAGCCCAUCUGAGGUUCCCAAACAUCAGUGUUUGGUUAACGAUGAGGGUACACCAUUAGUAGGAAAUGAAAAUGGGGGUUUAAUGACAGCUAGUACUCCUCUGGUAAUCAAUACUUCCUAGUAUAUCUUGCUGACCCAGCAUUAGCCAGUUUCAGUGCCAAUGUUUGACUCUUUUCUUUUUCCAUUUUAUUUAAUUAAAGUCAGUUUUUGUAUUGUAAAGUUGGUUUGAGAGAAGUAUUUUAAGUGUACUCCAUUUGUUUUUAUUUAUUUUUUCUCAGUUUUACAAAGUUCAUGCAUCUAUUUGUUUGGAACUAAUAAAAUAGUAAAACAUUUACUUUAUACUGUCAGAAACAUACCUUUGCCUCAUUAACGUGUCAUGCAUUGCAGAGCUAACAAACAAUAAUUGAAAUAAAAU